AUGAAGGACACUCUUACAGACGCCAAUUUCCCCCGUACUGCGGAUCACCGAGUAUAUCACCUUGGUCUUCGGCCAGGCGAAGUCGCCAAUCGCAUCGUUACGGUUGGCUCCCCAUCUCGCGCUGAGACUAUCGCGAAGUUACUCGAUGAGUCUCCACAGCCAUUCAGAUUAUCCUCCGAGCGCGGAUUUUUGACCAUCACUGGCCGAUACAAAGGCGCACCAGUAUCUAUCGUAAGCAUCGGGAUGGGUAGUCCGAAUAUGGACUUCUUUGUACGAGAAGUUCGGGAAUGCAUCAGUGGCGACAUGGCUGUGAUCAGACUUGGAUCUUGCGGCGCGCUCAUUAAUGUCCCUGUGGGCUCCGUUGUUGUACCUAAGGCCAGCGUCGCGGUGUCCCGCAACGUCGACUUCAAUUUUAGCGAUCCAGACAGUUGCACGGAUCCAGCGUAUCGCAUCAGUAAACCCGUCGCUGCCGAUCCGGAUCUCCACCGCGAGGUUCAUAAGGCUCUGGAAGCGGCUCGUCCAGCUGGUUCAGACACUAGCAUUGUCACGGGUACUGUGAAUGCUUCCGCAGAUAGCUUCUAUUCGUCGCAGGGAAGACAGACCUCGUUUCCGGAUCACAAUGAGAACUUGAUAGAACAACUAUCGGCUUCGUCGAAGGACCUAGCGACGCUGGAGAUGGAAACGUUCCACCUUUUCCAUUUGGCCGCAUGCUGGGGACGACAUACACCCGCAGGGAAGCCUACUCCAGCCCCGCUUACCACCAACCCAGUCUCCCCCACAGUUCAUCAAUCGGCGUCUUCGAACCAGCCCAUUUCACAAGUAUUGGCUGAUUCCGACACAGUGAUCAAAGCAGCCGCAGCCCAACUCGUCUUCGCUUCGCGCACCUCGCAGGCUUUUAUCACUCCUGAACAAGUUGCGGAACUCGAGGCAUGGUCAGCCAAAGGCGUCCUCGAAGCACUCAAGAAUACUCCCAUGGAAAACAAUAGGCUCCACCUGGAGGAAGGCAGCGUCUGGGAGUAUCCAACGAGUUAG